UGGAUUAUGAAACUUCGUAUAAAGCCAAGCCCAGCCAAGCCUAAAUCGCCUGUACGUCCUGAUUGGGAGACGACCCUGGGUUUCGCCUUGUGUGGCGCUAAAACAUGUUGAUUGGAAAUGAAAUUGCGUGAAUAUUGAGUGUCAAAUUCUUUCACACUUUAUACUGACCGCCCUAUUGUCUUAAAGCAAGUAAUUAUGACUGAGAACACCGGCGAUAUCGACGAAGACCCGCCGCGAAAACCGGUUACCUUUAUGGGUCGCAACAUUGAAGAAAUACCGUGCUUCCGGUCCAGCUUAAUGACUGGCAUUCUCAGCGGACUUGGCAUAGGAAUUGGCACGUUUUUCUUGACAAGCAGGCCUCGGAGGUCCACAGACGCAGCUGUGUAUUCGUUUGUCAGCAUUACAAUGUUAUACUGGUUUUACUGUCGGUACCAGCACUCUGUACGAAAUUUCGAGUAUCGAAGGAUGCAGAUGGAGAUCCAGGAGGGCGUCGCGCUACGAGGCAGAGAGAAGCAGCCGGGUGAGCCGGAAACAAAACUAGAAGAUGCGUAGUUAGUGAUUAAUGUUGGCAAUUAUGUGCCCACCCAUAAAUUUGUAUCAAACUAGUAAAUAUUUUUCAUUACCUCAA